GAAGAGAUGAGCCCAACGACGACGCCGGCGGCGGCGACUGCGCCGUACGACGAGACUGCGGCGACGUGCGCGGACGAAGGCGCCAUGCUUGCCGCCGAAGCUGCCCACGUCGACGAUGCCACCGAGGCCCGUGACGAGGCCCCGACCAUGAACUCGGAUGGCGUGGAGCGCAUCAUCCCGAUGCUGGCUGCGUGGAAGGACCUCGAGGAGCUCGGCCGCGUCGAGAGCUUCCGCAACAGCUGGCCAUGCGUUGAGAUGCACAACCCGCCGACCGUCGUCCAUCAUCUCGCGGCGGAGGUUCUCCAUCUCCUCCCAGCGAUCCACGUGCGAGCGCCUGUCAACGCCAACCUCCUCGCAAAGAAGUUGCGCCAUGACACGGACGUCGUGCUCACGGCCGACCUCGGUGACAAUGAUGCGACGUCGUUCGAGGACCGAAAGACGAGCUUUGUGGCCGUCGUCGACAAGUGGCACGACCACGUGGUCGGCGCAGCGUUCCGGUGCGUGCACGACCAAGCGGCCGCCGACGCUCUUGUCGCUGCGGUCACGACGACCGGCCAUGUGCCGUCGACACUAUGCCUUCGCCUCGACGACGUGCAGCGGCCGCGGGUUGCUUUCAACGCCGCUCGCGUUCUCCAAUGGCUCCAGCAAGGCCACGCUCGGUGCCUUGAACUUUGGUGUCCCUCGGUGGUCGACGCACAAGGGCUUGCCGACGCGAUCCAUGGGUCGCACCACGUCACGUCUCUCUCGCUCCACAUCGAUGGUGCUCCUGUCGAUGAAGAAGCUGUGCACUUGGCGCUCAGUCUGCGUCCCUUGCAUCACUUGGCAACGAUCGACGUCGGUCUCAACCGACACACGCUCUCGCUGCUGGGCCAGCUCGACCCAGCGACGCUCUCGUCGCUACGUAUCGUCAGCACCAACGUUGACAGCGGGUUUUUCGACCUCAGUGACGCCCUUGUCCGCUUCUCGUCACUGCAGCACGUGGUCGUUCGCCGCGGCAUGUUUCACUCGUUUGGCACGGGCACAUGCACGCACUUGCGCUCGGCCGACUUGACGUUCGACGUUCCAAACGAGACUGUCAUGCCGGAGCUCUCGCAGUGGCUCGCAACGUCGACGGCGUUGACGCAGCUCACACUCGUAUUUGAUCGUAUGAGAGGGUGCAACCGCACCGCCUUGGGUGCCAUCGCGCGCGUGCUGCCGCAGCUCGUGGCCCGCGGCCUCGAGCAUCUCACGCUCUAUACCAACUUGAUCACGGUCGACGAUGCGACCAAGCUCGGGAUCGCGCUCGCCAAGACGUACUCGCAUCAGCCGCUGCACGUGAGCUUUCCUGGGUUGCGCUUCUACAACGACGCCUCGUGGAUUCGCAUCCUUUUGGCCGCCCUCGGCUCGUGCUUCAACGUCAAGCUCAGCUUUCACCAAGAUUUCUUCUCGCAGGUCGACCCUGAGAUCGACGCGCUCGUCGCUCAGCACGGUCUCAUCCGACCGACGGUCCAAGACUCGACCGACCUGGUUCAUUUUAAGUCGCCACGCCUGCCACAAGCUCGCGCCAUCACGAUCGACGCUUCACGCGGGUCGUUCGUUACGGGCGUCAACGUCAACGCGGCCGCGGUGGCUUUGUCCGAACUCUGCGGCGCCCUCGCUUCCUGCUCGAACGUGCAGAUGGCUGCACUCACGCAUCUUCUGGACCAAGAAUCGGCGGAUGCGUGCCUCGCUGCGAUGGCGGCGCAUCGGUUGCAUGUGCUGGAGGUAUCGACCGACGGCCGUUUCGUUGAGCCGUUCGACACGGUGCAGAUCGGGUCAUGGCUUAUGGAGCCUGACGCCUCAGGCUUGCGUCUCGAGGUUGAUUCGGUGGUCGAUGCGCCAGCGUUGGCGGUGGCCAUUUGCACGGCUCCUGCGCUCACGUCGCUCUCGCUUUCGAUGCGCGACGACAGUGUCCAAGCGGCGCUCGCUGCGUCCAGCAUGUCGCUGCACCGGCUGACACAUCUUCAUCUCGAUGCGACGAUCAGCACGGUGGGGCUCCUCGGCAAGCUGACGCCGCGCAGCGUCACGUCGCUGCGCCUUACCGAGCACGAAGAACACCUUUCGGUCGACGUAGGUCCUGCGAUCUCUCGCUUCUCGGCCCUGGAGUACCUCGAGGUGUCGAACUGCGUUCUGAGCGGCGAGAGCUUUAUUGAUGCAACGUGUCACCGUCUGCGCUCCGCAAUCAUCUCGGUCCGCGGCGACGGCGCACCGCAGCAGCUCGUGCAAUGGUUGGCGACAUCCAAGUUCUUGAAGCAGCUCGAGCUCCGUUGGGACAAGAACGUCCAAACGGACGCGUACUUGAACGCGGUGGCAGGUGUGCUGCCGCUACUUAUGGAACGGGGCCUCCAGCAGCUCACGCUCGCACCACCCUGCGAGAGCUCUGAGGACGGCUUUCGCGCGGCCACAGACGCUGUGGCAUAUGCGCUAACGACUGGCUGCAACAGCCGCCCGCUUGUCGUGGAUCUGUCGUCGGGUCCGUUCGGCAAGUCUGCGCGAACGACGCUCUUGACGGCGCUUGCUGCGUGCUCAAACGUGAUGAUACGCUUCGAGAGGUACCUGGCGCCGGCGGCCAAAGCGGCGAUGGACGAGACAGCAGCGCAGCUGGGCCUGCGCAACUUGGGUUUUCUCUCGUUUAAAUCGCCCCAGUGAGCGACGUCG